AUGUCGGUGGCGGCAGGCGUCAGCGAUGCGGCGAUUGCGAUCCGGGAGAAGCUUCGAGGAAGGAUCGCGCAGACGAAGGUGAAGCGGUACUGGCCGGGAAAGGCGCCGGAAUGGGCGGACGACGCGGAGGAGGCGCGCGGGGGCGUGUUCGGGGAACCGGAGGACGAGCGGGAAGAAAUCGGGGACCGGCUGACGCGCGUUAGGGUUUCCGAGAACGACGCGCGGCUCCGGCGAUUAGGAGAAAGCCGGCGCGACAGGGAGGAGGCCGUGGCGCGGCAUCGGGAGAUCCGUGCGGCGGAGAUUGUCUCGACGCGGGAGGAGGAGGAGAGGAAGCAGCAGGAGCGCGAGGAGGAGGAGGAGGAAGAGGAGGAUGAAGACGCGAUCGAGGAGCGACGGCGGAGGAUACGCGAGAGGCUGUUGCAACGGCAGAGGGAGGAGGAGGAGCUAGCAGCGUUAGGGGAGGGCGAGGAGGAGGAGGAAGAGGAGGAAGAAGAGGAGGAAUCGUCUGAGUAUGAGACAGAUUCGGAGGAGGAAGGGGGCGGUAUGGCUAUGAUAAAGCCUGUAUUCGUUCCCAAGGGCGAGCGCGACACGGUUGCGGAGCGCGAGCGCGUGGAGCAGGAGGAGCGCGAUUUGGAGGAGGCGGUGCGGCGGCGCGUGGAGGAGCGCAAGGCGGAGACGCGGCGGCUCGUGGUGGACGACGUGCGGCGCGAGGAGGAGAAGGAGCAGCGGCGCGCGGAGGACGGCGGCGGCGCGGAGGGUGACGGCGCGGGGGCGGCGGCGGAAGACGUGGAGACGGACGACGAGAUGGACGCGGAGGAGGAGUUCGAGCGGUGGCGCGCGCGCGAGAAGGCGCGCGUGCGGCGCGAGCGCGAGGAGCGCGACGCCGUGGCGCGGGAGAAGGAAGAACGCGAGCGGAUAUCACGCAUGACCGAGGAGGAGCGGCGCGAGUGGGAGCGGCGCAACCCCAAGGCGGCGCCCGCGGGCAAGACGAAAACGAAAUGGAAGUUCAUGCAGAAAUACUACCACAAGGGCGCGUUCUUCCAGGCUGGCGCGGACGACAAGGGCGGCACGGCCGGCACGGACGAGAUCUUCACACGGGAUUACUCGGAGGCCACUGGGGAGGACCGGCUGGACAAGAGCGUGCUGCCCGCCGCCAUGCAGGUGAAGCACUUUGGGCGCAGUGGGCGGAGCAAGUGGACGCAUCUGGUGAACGAGGACACCACCCAGCAGGACUCCCCGUGGGCAUACAACGAUGCGUUGAGGGCGCGGUACAACAACAAGAUGGCCGGGAUGGACAAGCCGCUGGAGAAGCCCAAGGGCAGCAAGAAGCUAAAGAACGCACUGCAGAACCCGUGA